AUGUCUUUGGUCCAUGGUCUGUAUCUGCCCGACGGACAAGAGGAGGUCAUGCGGAGAGCAAGAGGAUUUCUUUCAGAUCACGACUGCACUUGGACCUUCAACAGCCCUCAUUCUUCUCACAUGGGCGGAGUGUGGGAACGGAUGAUUGGUGUCACACGCCGCAUUUUGGACUCAAUGUUCCUUCAGAUGGGAACUUCCAAACUCACGCACGAGGUGCUCGUGACCUUCAUGGCAGAGGUCGCAGCUAUCGUCAACAACAGACCGUUGAUUCCUGUCUCCUACGAUCCUAUGGAUCCAUUCAUCCUUACACCUGCCACUUUGUUGACGCAGAAAGUGGGACCUUGUCCAGCUCCUGUGAGAGACUUGGAGGACAAGGACUUGUCCCGACAGCAAUGGCGCAGGGUGCAAAGUCUGUCUGACACCUUCUGGGACAGAUGGCGCAAGCAGUAUUUAUCUACUCUGCAACCUCGCAAGAAGUGGACAUCUGAGCACAGAAGUUUGAAACCAGGAGAUGUUGUGCUCCUAAGAGACAAUGCGGUGAAACGUAAUGUCUGGCCUAUGGGCAUCAUUACUGAGGUGUUCCCCAGUAAAGAUGGACUUGUUCGGAAAGUUCAAAUUAAAGUACCGAAGGUAGAUGGUAUUAAGCUGUUCUUAAGACCCGCAUGUGAUGUGGUUUUGCUUAUUGCUUCGCAAGUGUAAAGGUUGUGCAUUUUUGUGUUAUGUGAAACUUCGUAGUUUCAGACGGGGAGUGUGAUGUUAUGUCAGUUGACAUUCUACAAGUUAUAAGAUUUAAGCGUUCAAUGUCGCCAUCUAGUGGUGAAAUUUAUGUACAUCACUUUAAGAGUCGAGCGUUAAUGAUGUCAUUAGAAAGCCGACAGGUCAGGACAACGCAACGCAUGGGUUUUCGCAGUAACACGGCUACUGUUAUACAAUUGGUCCU